CCAAUGGCUAGUGUUGGACUUCUUUAUUAUGCAUUUACAUGGGAAAGCUAUGACAACUAUGUGAUAUUUGCUAUGUUCAAUCUGAUAUGGGCAACUGUUAUCCUGGAGGUCUGGAAGCGCUACAGUGCAACACUGACCUACCGAUGGGGUUCACUACUUAUGAAGAGGCAGUUUGAAGAACCCAGGCCUGGCUUUCAUGGUGUGCUGGGUACAAAUCCCGUUACAGGAAAAAAAGAGCCAACUUACUCAAGUUUGAAAAGACGCCUUAGAACAUAUCUAAUUUCUGUGCCUUUUGUGUGCCUCAGCUUGACUUGGCCCUUUAUGUGAUGAUGAUUUACUUUGAUAUGGAAGCCUGGGCCUUGAAAUACCACCACGAGCAUCAGACAUUUUCUACUGCAGUAGUGACAUUUGUGCCCAGUACAGUGUAUGCCAUUGUGAUCGAGAUCAUGAAUCGUAUUUACAGAUAUGCAGCAGAAUUUCUGACAAGUUAUGAAAAUCAUAGAUUGGAGUCAACAUAUCAAAACCACUUGGUGCUCAAGGUCUUAGUGGU